AUGCCGUGCAAGUUCGAGCCUGCUUUGAACUCUUGUAAAGGGUUUUGUGCUAGUCCCGAGCAUGGCACCGCACCCAAAAAGCGGCCGUCCUCCCUCCUUACAUUGUCAUUCUGCCUCCUUAUCUGUUUGAUCAGUGCACAUCUCGGAGGGAGGUCUCUUGCAAGGCUUUCCCCAUUCUUUCAGCCAGUGAGUAACGACGACGAGCAGAGACGCAACGAGUUUCGCUGGGCCGACAUCACACCGACCACAACCCUGCGGUACACGCCAUGUUGGGAUUCAUUCCAAUGUGCACGACUUUCCGUGCCCCUGGACUGGAAUUCCACAAUCGAAGAGCAUAGAAUCGGUCCAUAUGCUGCUAUUGCUAUCGUCAAGCUGCCUGCCAGGGUUCCCGUCACAGAUGCCAGAUAUGGGGGCCCAGUCGUCUUGAACCCCGGCGGGCCAGGGGAGUCGGGAAUCUAUCAGGUUCUGUCAGACGCGCGACAACUACAGACCGUGUUGGACAGCCCGAGAGGUCCUGAAGAAAUCACCAAUCACGGUGAAGAGGCUGGGAAGUAUUUUGACAUCUUGUCCUUUGAUCCCCGCGGUGUUAACAACACCACACCUGCGCUGAGGUGUUUCCCGGGUGCUUUCAAUCAACAAACUUGGCUGUUGCGGUUCCCUGAUAUCGGUUUGCUAUGGGACAGUGAAAGCCUGGUGGGUUUGGAGCGAGCUCGCGCGGCUGCCUUAGGAGCCAGCUGCUCGUCUGGAGGCGCUGAAGAGGAUGUCCUUCCAUACCUGAAUACAGCACAGGUCGUAGAGGACAUGGUGGAAAUCAUCGAGAGAGAGGGCCAGUGGAGGGCAGAAGAGGCGAGUAGACUGCUCGAAAUAAACAAUAGUCACAAGAAUCAGUUAGGGCGGAACUUAAAGCUGGAGGUUCAUCAACGCACCGCUUAUCACCCCGGACAGGAAAAGCUACAGUUUUGGGGGAUGAGCUAUGGCACGACUCUUGGCUCGACUUUCGCAGCUUUGCACCCCGACAGAGUGGCUCGGAUUGUUCUUGACGGGAACAUGGACCCAGCUGAACAUUAUCGUGGUGGCUUUGAGAAGUCACUGCAAGACGCAGACAAAGUCGUUACCCAGUACAGUACUUACUGCUUCGCUGCCGGCCCAGAGAAAUGUCGUUUAUUCAACGUAACUUCCCCAGACUCUAUCGAAGCCCGAUUCACAUCCAUCAUGUCGUCGUUGAAGACAAACCCUAUCGCAGUGUCGCUCCCCGGGAAUCUGGGUCCGGAGGUUAUUACCUUCGGGGACGUCCACCUCCUCCUUCUAACCUCGAUCUUCUUCAGCUUCGCCUUCGCGGAACGCUUCUGGGACCUCCUCCCCAUCCUCGAAGCCGGAAAUGGCACUCAUCCCGAAAUGGUCGCCAUGGCGUUGUGGAAGCAAGCGCGCCUUACGCCUGCCGCCCAGCUGGAGCCAGAAUCCGACUGCAACUCCAUCACUGGCGGAGGCGACCCGGACAGCUGCCUGCCUUACCACUCGUGGGCGGGCGCAUUCAAAACUAUAAGUUGCAUGGACGUCGGUGGUGGGCCGACUCAUCUGACCCGCGAGGCAUUCGCCGCAGCGCGAAAAAGACUAGCUGCUCAGAGUCGCUGGGCCAGUCCCACUUGGUCACGCAAUGUGCUAUCAUGCGAGGGCCUCACAGCGCAACCUGCUUGGCGCCCGAGUCUUGCAUUCGAGAAGCAGGAAUGGGCCAACACGUCACAUCCGAUUCUCUUCAUCGGUAACUCGUAUGACCCAGCGACACCACUCGCGAAUGCUAAGAGGGUAUCGGGGAAGCUAUUCCCCGGCAGCAUGGUACUACAGCAGGACUCGGAGGGCCAUUGCUCGCACGCAAGCCCUUCUCUCUGCACUGCGAGCGCUGUCCGGGAGUAUUUUCAGACAGGGAGGCUACCCCGGCCUGGAACAAUUUGUCAACCGGAGGUGAAGCCAUUCUUGGGGUGCGUGAGGAAGGGUGGCUGUAGGUUUGAAGGAGAUGACGCCCGACUCUGGGAAGCUCUCGUCCAGCUGGCGGAUCCGUUUGGGCUUACGAAGAGGGAUGGAGUGGAAAUAGACUUGUAUGAGGACAUCUGGAGGGCUACUGGCCGCAUCGCCCGGAAUUGA